AAAGCCCAAAAACAGGAAUGUCCAUUCGCAGAGCCAAGGGAUGAAAAGGAUGAGGGUGGGGUGGUGAAUGGCGUGAUAGGUAGGAGUCAUUUAUGCGUGUGCGGAUGAGACGGUUUUAUAACAGACCACAGACUCUCUUAAAACCAUUGCUUAGCGUGUCAGCAAUGCUUUAUAAGCUAGCUCAUCCCUCAUUCUUCACCAAACAACACCAACAACAAACAACCUUAGAGAGAGAGAGAGAGAGAGAGAGAGAGAGAGAGAGAGAGAUGGAGAGAUCAGCUAAUAACAGGAAGAGAGCAAGAGAAGACGAUGAUCAUCUGGCGGCAAGCGUUGCAAAGAUUAAGCCAGAUCUCAUCAAUGCUCGUGGCUACUAUGUCCAUCGCGCGUUUGAAACGACGGACAAACAACACAGCUUCGAUAGCAUCUUCGACACGACUGAGACAGGCUACAAUAACAACAAUGCGGCCUGUGCCGAUGUAGAGGAAGGGUUAUUUGAUUUUCCAUGGUUGAAAGAAGUACUCUACAAGACGCUUCUGAUUCCAAAGCAGAGGAACAAAAUCUUUGCCAUUUUCCAAAGCUCCUUAAUUUUGAUGAUGACGAUAAGAAGAAGAAGAAGAAAAACAAUUACGAGGAUGACCUACUACCUCCGUCAUUCCAAGCCGAUCAACUUGAAGGCCCGGACUGGAUUUGUAGCUGUGUGUUUGAUUAGAUCCAACGAUCGCAUGUUUAUAUGUGUCAAUAUUCGACUUAAGAUGGGCCGGAUCCUUGCAUGGCAUGCAUGAUGAUCUACAUGAUCAGUUUUGUUCUGAGAGUAGGUAGUUAGUCAUGGGUCUUUCAUUUAUAUAUAAUCUUUUAAAGUCCAAGGAUGUGAUUUAAUGUGCAUGUCCCAACUGAGUCGAGGCUUAUGAGUAUUUUAGAAGAAGUGAAAUCGUGUAGGUGCUUUUUGUGAUGCUAUCAUGCUCUGGGUCCUUUUAAUCGUUGUAUUAUCUGUUCGAAAAUUAAUAAAUUCCUUUUUUGCCGAGCUAAAAAAAA